CUCUGACCACGAUCCACGUGGAGACGACAGUUCCGAUCCGAUCCGAUCCGUUACAAUCGCUUUAUGUUCUUCCUUCCGUUUCUCUUAUUACUCCAAAUAAAACAAUUGAACCCUCUCUCUCUCUCGCUCGCAUUUUCACCUCACUCUUUUCUCUCUCUCUUAGCGAACGACACAAUUGAACCCUAAAACGACAAUGGCGUGCUGCUUCGUUUCGUGACUGAUGAUGCUGCGCGUCGUCGUCGUCGUAGUCUCGGACGGUGGUUGCAUGGGCUGGAAUCUGGUGCGGCCGUGUGCAUUGUGAUCAAUCAAUCAUAAUGAUGAAAGAGGAUUGUUUGAUUUUGUGAUUGAAAUCGAAUCAGAGAAGAGGAGAGAGAGAGAAAAAAAAUUAUUGUUAUGAUGACUGAAUUAGUGGCCCGAACAGGUCGGCAUCAGCAACGAUACGGACACGGUUAUCGCCUUAUUGCCGGGUGUGUUCCAUUUAGGUAUAAAGAAGAUGACUGUGGAGACUCUUGUUCUGAGAAGAUUGUUGAAGUGCUUAUGAUUAAUUCAACUAGUGGACCGGGUCUUUUGUUUCCAAAGGGAGGUUGGGAGAAUGAUGAAACUGUUGAGGAGGCUGCAGUUAGAGAAGCUAUUGAAGAAGCAGGAGUUCGAGGAGACCUAAUGGAUUUUCUUGGGUACUAUGAAUUUAGGAGUAAGACCCUCCAAGAUGAGUGCAGUCCAGAAGGUUUAUGUAAAGCAGCAAUGUUUGCCUUGUUUGUGAAAGAGGAACUUGAGUCAUGGCCUGAGCAAAGCACCAGAAAAAGGAGUUGGCUGGUUGUGUCAGAGGCACUAGGAAACUGCCGGCAUGCAUGGAUGAGGGAUGCCCUGCAAUGCUUCUGUAAAUGGCAUGAGGAGUGCAAGGGAGGAUCAAGACUGAACUGACUACAUAUUUGUAGGGGGCAAUGAUAUAAAGGACCAGUGACAUUUAUUUUAGGAAAGAUAUUUCUGAUCAGGAUUACUUAGGGUGUGGUUGAUUGUCUUUUUUUGGUGUUGAAAGCUAUUUUAGAAAGUAUAUUUGAAACCUUUUUUCAGAAAGAAAAGUUAUUUGAUGAAAUUUUGAGAGCAGUA